UCCCCGGCAUGGCCUCAUCAUCAACACCUAAAUAUAAUUCAAAUUCCUUGGAGAACACCUCAAGUAAACGGACUCUAAAAGAUGGAACUAACUGGGAGCAAAAUGAAGAAAUACCACGUCUGCCAGGAGAGACCAGGGUUACAGACAAGGAAGUUAUUUAUAUGUGUCCAUUUAAUGGCCCCGUUAAAGGAMGAGUGUACAUCACAAACUACAGGCUGUACCUAAGAAGUGUGGAAAAUGAUCCAGUAGUGAUAUUGGAUGUUCCUUUGGGUGUAAUUUCAAGGAUUGAAAAAAUGGGAGGAGCUUCAAGCAGAGGAGAGAACUCUUAUGGAUUAGAUAUAACCUGUAAAGAUAUGAGGAAUUUACGGUUUGCAUUAAARCAAGAAGGACACAGUAGAAGAGAUAUAUUUGAGCUCCUCACGAAACAUGCUUUUCCCCAGUCACAYAACUUGCUUUUUUUUGCCUUUGUAAAUGAAGAAAAGUUUUCUGCAAAUGGAUGGAUGGUGUACAACCCGAUGUCUGAAUACAGGAGACAGGGGCUGCCUAAUGACCGGUGGCGGGUGACAUUUAUUAACGAGCAUUAUGGGCUGUGUGACACGUACCCAUCGCUCCUGGUGGUGCCGUACAAUGCAACAGAUGAUGAUCUCAAGAAAGUUGCUGCCUUUAGGUCCCGAAAUAGAAUCCCGGUUCUCUCAUGGAUUCAUCCCGAGACCCAGGCUGUAAUCAUGCGCUGCAGUCAGCCCCUGGUUGGAAUGAGUGGCAAGAGGAAUAAAGAUGAUGAAAGAUACCUUGAUAUCAUCAGGGAGGCCAACGGGCAGAUCUCCAAAUUGACCAUCUAUGAUGCAAGGCCCAAUGUCAAUGCGGUUGCAAACAAGGCAACUGGGGGUGGAUAUGAAGGUGAAGAUGCAUAUCCYAAUGCAGAACUUUUCUUCUUGGAUAUUCAUAACAUUCAUGUCAUGAGGGAAUCUUUGAAGAAGCUGAAGGACAUUGUUUAUCCUAAUGUGGAAGAAUCACACUGGUUGUCAAGUCUGGAAUCAACCCAUUGGUUAGAACAUAUAAAGCUGGUGCUGACAGGAGCCAUUCAGGUGGCAGACAAGGUGUCCUCGGGGCGCAGCUCGGUGCUGGUUCACUGCAGCGACGGCUGGGAYCGCACGGCUCAGCUCACCUCCCUGGCCAUGCUCAUGCUCGACAGCUACUACAGAACCAUUGAGGGCUUUGAAGUUCUGGUGCAAAAGGAAUGGCUAAGCUUUGGACACAAGUUUGCAUCGAGAAUAGGCCAUGGUGAUAAAAAUCAUGCUGAUGCAGACAGAUCACCCAUCUUUCUCCAGUUUAUUGAUUGUGUGUGGCAGAUGUCUAAACAGUUUCCUACAGCCUUUGAAUUCAAUGAGCAGUUCCUGAUUACAAUCCUGGAUCACUUGUACAGCUGCCGGUUUGGCACUUUCUUGUAUAACAGCGAAUUUAUCAGAGAAAAAGAGAAAGUGACUGAGAAAACAUUAUCGUUAUGGUCUUUGAUAAACAGUGAAAAAUCUAAAUACACCAACCCUUUUUAUAGUAAAGAGCUAAACCGAGCACUCUAUCCAGUAGCCAGCAUGAGGCACUUAGAGCUCUGGGUCAAUUACUACAUCAGGUGGAACCCAAGGAUUCGGCAACAAGAAGUGAUGGCUGAUUUUGUUGAGUUAGGACUAAGAGUUUGUGGAAAGAUKAACUUUGGGGGAGACAACUGGAAGGCAGAGGAUGCUCAGCCAAACCCCGUGGAGCAGCGUUACAUGGAGCUCCUUGCAUUGCGUGAUGAUUAUAUCAGGAGAAUYGAAGAGCUACAGAUCACAAAUAAUUCUAAGAUAUCCAAUUCAUCAGCCUCAUCAACAUCUCCCUCACAAAUGAUGUCCCAAGUACAAACACAUUUUUGAAGAAAACGUUGGCUUCUUUCUAUACUGUAAUAGCAAGUGGUGCUUAACAUAGAUCUAUAGCAUAAAGAGGAAUAUUCUAAUGCCUUACAUUAGACUGUCCUAACACAAAUUAUUUUAGACUCUCUUCAUUUGGGGAGGACUUCAAAACAAAUAAACAAACCCAACUCUUCGAUUACGUGCCUUUCAGAACCUGUGGACUGGGAACAUUAUUAAUCAACUCAAUAGCUAUGGAGGGCUUUAAGAGUUAUUUUGGUAGAUCUGGUACAAUUGGAAUGAAAUUGAUUUUUGUUUUCAUAAGAAUGCUUUAAUUUAUUUUAUUGUAGAUCAUGUUCCUAUAAGGAAAUUCAUGCUCAGUCUUACAUGUCAUGAAUAAACACAUUAAUGGCAAUAGGAAUAUUCACACUGUAUAAAAUUAGGUAUGUGUAUUCCUGUUAGGAAUACAUUUGUGGAGUUCAUGAGAGGAAAAUAAAUUCUAUUCUAAGAUUUCAGAGAGAAGUGUUGGAAUUUUCUGGUUACCCAAGAAUUCCAGAUUUUCCUUUUUUGAAAUAAACAGAAAUAUGGAAGGCAUUUAACUGAUAUGCUUCUAAAUAAAAAAUUGAAAUAGCUCAGUAGAUACCAAAAAAAAAUUUUCUUGUAAAUUGAUUUUAUUUUUUUAAAAGAACAAAUGAUAAUUGUACUGGAUUCUGAGAAGUUCUGUUUGGGCUAGCUGUUCAGCACUAAAGUAUAGUACAAAUUAUCACUGUGGACAGUAUUGGUUCUUUGGAUUAGUACAGAAUAAAAUGUUUCUAAAGAAAGUUUAAAUAAUUAAAAACGGAACCACAGAGACAUUGCUUAAAUAUCCAGCAAUAGCCAUAGUAUUAAAGCUUGUUUGUCUUCUAAAAGUAAAUGUGCCUGUUUAAAGGAGCUUUUAUACCAAAGUAGGCAAAAAUUGUCAGUUAUAAAUAAUUUUGAAAACUUGUACAUUUAUACUUUACUGUUUAAUUUAACUUUUGUUCAUCAAAUUUAUUCUUAAGUAUUUAAGGGGCUUCGGUAUCCAAAAUUUGCAUAUAGURUGUGCACUUAUAUUGAACAGUCAAGUGAGCUCUAGUUUCAAGCCUGCCUUUCAGAGGCUUUUUGUAAAUGUUUAAUUUGUUCCUUUCAGGUAUUUUUUAAAUAGUUGCAAGCAUUUCUUAUGACAGCACAGACUUUGCUCUUGAUAUUUAAUUAAAAUUUUGCAUAUUCUUAGAAGUUUAAUGAUAUUCAGGCAAUCCAGGAAACACUGCAAUUCAGAAUCUAGAGGAUUCUAAUAUUGUUAUUUUAAAGGAGAUAUUUUAAUGCUUGAGGAGUAUGUCAUUGUAAAUUAUUGUACAUGUGGUGAGUUUUGAUCUGCAAGAUAUUAUAGGAUUAUAUAUAAAUUAAGUUUUGUGUAAGUAUAUAUAAUAUAGUUUAUUAGAAAUUCUGCAACUUUAUAAAAUGUAAAUAUUUUGCAUAUGAAAACUAAAUUUAAAGCUAUAGUUCCAUAAAAUAAGUCAAAGUUUAGAGGACACUGAGUAUUUUUAAAACAGUAUUUUUUCAAAGGAAUAAAAGUAUACUGUCUCUGGAUUUAAUUCAGUAUAUGCACUGAGUUGCACUGUGUUUUCAGGGAAGUUCAGAGCAUACAGCAUGUGUGUUCUAAAUACACAGAAUUGUAUGAUUUUUGUCCUCUAAAUUUCUUUCUCCCAUCUAUGCUCUCCAGUAUGUGUAUMCAAAAUAACAACGUUGUCCCCAUAUCUUKACUUGUUAAGGUAAAUAAGAUUCAYUAUAUCAGAUAAAUGAAGAAGGAAACUCAGUUGUUCAUGAUGUGCUUUACAUUUUGAAAGCUAUGCAUACUCUGGUAUAUUUGCCUUCUACUUACUUGUGGUUUAUUAAAAGAAAGCUAUUUUUAUUAGAAUAUUUAAAGUUUCUGUAUUUGAGUUUAUCAUAUUGGUGACAUCUCUGAGCGGUGUGAAAAAGUUCUGAAAAUAUUAUAGUUUUUACUGUGUAAACACUACAUGAUAACCUAUUGCAUUUGGGAAAGUGUAAUAUAAUGGAAAGGAUYUUUUUGCACUUACUUCAUUACAUAUUACAUUGUUCAUAUUACUGUUCAGCUGAAUUUGUCUUUGAAGCUCUCUAACCUGGCUCURUGCGGGCUUGGAGUUUUUCAAGUCACCAGAUAAGAUGCGUGUUUUAAUUCUCUUUUUACAUGUUAGACCAACAUAAGGGUGGUUUUAAUCCARUGUUCUGGAAAAUACUACUUGUGAAUGUAGACAUACAAAUUUAUCAAUGCUAACAGAACAUCUCCUUCCCCCAUAACUGGGUGCUCCAGGCUAUCAUUCUGCACAGAUGUCCUGUCCUCUGUGCACACUGCAGCCUMUUCCCUGCCCGGAGCACACCUGGGGAAGCUUCUAAGGUGGUGAAGAAGAGCGUUACAGGCGCUGAGUGCCUUUUUUAGGAGGGGUGAAAAAGCAGAGCUGGGAUGUCARCAUUCCCAGCAAUGAAUGCCCAGUAUCCCAUAAGAAAUGUCAGUCUUGGAAUGCUAGUUUAGGUGUUUUGUAUACUUCCUUCCAUGGACCUGAGGAGAUAACUUCGUUUUUGUGCUGGGCUUCAGUUACUUAUUUAGAAAAGUUAUUUGUUGAAUGCCUUCUUUAUUUGUUCAUGCCUUACCCUUCCCCCCAGCAUUACUGUUACGGCUGUACCCAAGACAUGACUUGUGUGCUACUCCCUUCUGAUGUAUUUUUAACYUCUGCCUUGAGUUCAGGUGUUGUCUCGCAGCGACCAUUCUAUCACGCAUGAAAAUUCAUGAUCUGUAACAGCGCAGGAUCUCCUCAGUACCACAGCUUCCUCACUAACCGUGUCGGCCGCUCUCCAUGGAUACCGCGGGACUGCUCUGGAGCCAGGACCUGUGUGUCAGGCGGCGUUGGGGUGGGGCAAGAGCCGUGAACAUUAUCCGUYUGCCGUGUACGUGCGGGGAGGGGAAAAUAAAGAUGUCAGUGCUGAAGUCUCUGCCUCCACCA